AUGGUGAAACCACAAUCUGAAUCCGUUUUUCAUCGAUUUGAUUGGGUUUUUGUUGUUCUUGCAACCUCCUUGGCAGGUGUUUUUGGUUUGAUCGUAUUCGGAAGUGUACUCUUAGCUUCUCAGGUAUUCAUUUCCUCUUGCCCUAUUCGAGAUCUUGCAAGCGAGAAUAAAGAAAUAAUUAUGACCAGUCUAGGCUAUGCCUCUUACGUCGUUGUAGUUGUUUUCAUUCUAUUGAUCGGAUACUGUUUCGUCUCAUGCAAGGACUUGUCAUUUAGUGAUCACAUGUAUGCGACCAAAAAAGACUUAGCUAUUGCAUUUUCGUCUCUGUCGAAAGACAUAAACGAUCUCAAAAAAAAUAUAGAGUCAGCAAACCGUGAACGAUCUAAUAAGCUAAAGGACUUGGCUUGCGAGAUAGAAAAACAAUGCAAGACAUCUGAAAUGAUAUUAACUAAAGAUGGACAGUAUGAUGAACCUUUGAGGGUACGGAGAACAGUCAGGAAAAUUCAAGAAUUCCAAAGAUUCUCCGAUAACUACCUUUUGAAUACAUUUCCUCCCCCACCAAUCUUGACUCGGUUUUGA